AUGAUGCUAUUGCAUAACCUGCCCUAAUACUACCAAAAAAAUGAGGGACCUGAAGUCCUAGCAAGAGCCUGCAAUUCGAAUAAGUACUAACUCCCUUUCAAAUUUCUUGUGUGUCCAACUGUCUCAAAAGACAGAUAUAAAGAGUUCAGGAAAUUCCUUCAUUGCUGCAAACUUCCUUGAGGAGCAGAAAGGAAGCAUGGAGGAAUUGCUCUACAUGUACUGCCAGAAGACAACUGAGCAAGGCAAAAUUCUCCAUGUACCUUUUCUGUUUUCAGACUCUUGUCAGUGAAAAGCACCAUGCAGUUCAUCUGGAUUCUAGGCCCUCCUACUGAACAACACUAUGAUGCCACUCAGCUGCAAAAACAACAAAAAAGUGAUGUGUGUAUGAAUGAUGAACUACCACUGUGCCUGCCAUUUCCCCCCUCUCAUUUCUACCCUACACACAUUUCUUGGUACACCAUGUUCCCAAACUUCACAUCACCUGAGGGUUGAGACACUGGGAUCAAUUCAAACAGUCAUCCUUUCCAAACCAUAAUCUCUAGCAAGGCUUUUGACAUGAUUGUUCUGAGGAAGACAAGAGAAAACUAUCUUGGCGAAUCAUCAGAGACCAAAAUCUAUUUCCAGCAAAGUUUAACAGGUUCAGAAUUACCAGAAAAUGCACUUUCCAAGUUUGUCGAAGAAAAUGGUCAAAUAUAUUAUCCAAAUCCUCCAAAGAUAGUGGCCCCCAACCCCAUUUAAGAGGUCAAAUAUACCUUUCCUCCAAGAAUAACCAAUGUGCUACAAAACACUGAAAGGGUUCUGGAGAUCACAACAGACAGUCAGGUCUUCACAGUUGCAAUAUAUCACCUUAUCCUGGGUAACUGUUACAUAAAAGCAGUUUGCAGAUUGACUGGAGAACUAGGUGAAGACACAGGACUAAUGAAUACUGCAUUUACUAAGAAUUUCACACUUCCACCACAAUUGGCACCAACACACAACAGCAAUUCAAAAGACCUUUUGCCUUGGGUAGCAUGUGUAACUGUUCAUAAAAUGAGUUGGCAGCUCUCAUGUGAAUGGGGCAGCACUACAGAGGAUGAAAUAAACAUUUCUGCUGUUCUGUCACAAGUGAGACCUCCUGAAAGGUGCACUGCAUGCUUACUUCAAGGUGAACAUCCCCAUGAAUCAAUUCUGCAAGAACAGCAGCAGCUUUCAGGAAGGCCCAAAUUUUAAUCCCUUCCAAAAUCUGCAUGUUCACUUUCCUACAAAGACUUCAAGCCCAGAUAUUUGGAUCAACAUACAAUAUGGGAAAACACAGCCAGCACGCCAAGCUUACCACUGGAUAUAAUGCAUAAGGAAAGUGGAAUUUUGUUGCAUGGACUUUGGCAUCAAGAAACGUGUCUGCCUGCAUGGAGACCAGAGGAUGGACCAAGAGAAUGGAUCUAGAUGUGAAUGCCUGAAUGGAUCCCUAGAUGUGAAGUUCCUCAGCACCAGACAGUGCUGAUGGAGCUGCAAUAUUCCUUCUCUAAGACAGCAGCACAAAAACAUUUAUGUGAUUCUGCAAAAGGAGAGAGAAAAAAUCUCACAGAUAACACUACUGAGAGAAAGAGACACAAGACCUAUGGUUUCAAUGCUUUUUUAUUUCCUUAA